CCAGCCUCCAUACAUCACAGUUAGCUAGUAGCUGCAAUACUACUGCUCUUGUUUGAGUAGUUUCUCACUUAUGGUGGUGUAUUUUCAACCACACAGUCUUGUUUAAUUAAGGUGAGGUCCUUAGAAAAGACAAAGCAGACUUCAUUUGAAGGAUUAUUGCUUGGAAACACUUCAAUGAGCACCUGAGUACCGAACAGACUGUUUACCCCUCUACAAAGGAGAAGCCUGCUUGCAGAGUGUCCUCCAAAAAGGAUGUAAGCCUGGAUACAAUCUCAGACAUCACCUCCUGACUCCUGAAAGGCAUCUUCUGGGGGGAAAACGGCAAAGAGCAACAUGAAGGAGGUGUUGAACACAGGGGAGCUGAACUGAUUGAAAACAUGGAUAAGAAAGCAACCUGGGACCGCUUGUACACUGAGAGCAGCAGCAGCAGCACAAACACCUUCAAACACUUUGAGUGGUUCUUUGGCUUCGAUGCUGUCCGGGACUUCAUUAUGCCCCUAUUGCAGACCAAACCCCACCCAGACGGUUUGCUCCAAGUCCUGGAUAUGGUCUGUGGCACUUCUGCUUUAGGGCCCUGUAUUUACAGACACUCUCCUCUCCCGGUCCGGGUCACUUGUGCAGACAUUUCCCCCAUAGCUGUGCAACUAAUGCAGGAACACGUCCAAACCAAAGCCAUUCAACCUCACAAUCUUUCCUCUCGGCUUGAGUUCGUAGAGCUGGACUGCACACAGCUCCACAAGCACUACGGUUGUAGCAGUGUGGACCUUAUAGUUGAUAAGGGCACCACAGACGCCUUGUUGAGGUCUACGGAAGGGAAAUGGAAGGCCAAUCAGGUGCUGAAGCUGUGUUUGAAGGUGUUGCGGAGCUCAGGGUCUCUGCUCCAGUUCUCUGAUGAAGACCCUGAUGCCAGGCUGCUGUGGCUGCAGACAGAGGCACAGGAGCCGGGGGUGAUGGCAGCAGAUGCUGGGGUGCAGGAGCUUGGGGAGCUAAGGGGAAUGACUUACUACUGCUACCAAGUGACUCCUCGCUCUAUUGUAUAGCAACUUUCUUCAUCUGGAUGGUGAUAAUAUUAAAUGAGUAAACUACUGAACUGAUUGUAAAAAGUAAUUGAUAAGGUACACAGAGUGUGACUUAUCCACCAAACUGGACCUCCACAUUCCGACAGCAGAGACAACAAGAGAUUUACUACUUAUAAAAUAACCUGAAGGUAAAGAAUUACCUCUUUAUGAAAUGAUAAACGUUGACAAACCACUUAAAGUAUAGACCUUUCUGUGUUGUUACUGGUCACUGACACUCUGCAUUGUGGGAAAAUCUACGGUAGUUUCUCUGGCAUUUUGUGAGUGUGACAUAUACUUUGUGAAUACAACCUCAGUAUUCAACACACGUAUAAACAAAGGACCUAACCUUUGUUAUGGCUGACAAAUAAAGCUGGUUAAGUGGUCAUGGCAACA